AUGUCGUCCAUACCGCGGCGCAUCAUCCUCAUCGCGUCGUCCGUUUCCCUCCUCCUCUUCAUCGCAAUCUCGCUAGCGACCGCCAUCGAAGUACGCGCACCAACCACACCAGUCAUACAAAUCAACCUCGCGCAAGCUGCAAGAGUCGGAGAUGGCGAUGAUAUCGUCGCGGCGAAGGCGCUGUUGAACGGCACAGACUUCGACCGCGGCGAUGUGUACAACGGCAGCAGCAUCGUGUCUGGCGCGACGCUCGUACCCACCACGAUGACCGAAACCCAGGACGGGAUGAUUGGCUUCACACCGGAACCACAAAUGAGCGCGAGUUGGAGUGCUGAAGGUGUCUUGGGGCCUAUUGCUACGCCAAAACCGUCCGUCGCGCCUAAGCCUCGGCCGCCGACCACUCCACAGAUACCGAUCCUCGCCCUCACGUACUCCGGCGCGGGCGGCCCUAAACACUGCCGCGGCGAGCUCUUGCAGAAGACGUAUUUCCCACCGCCCCUCGAAACAUGGAAGAACGGCACAUGCAUCACUCUCCCAAGCGAAGCGCGAUGCGGCGUGUUCUAUUCGAACAAAGGCGACAACUGCGAGGCGCAACUAUUCAACAUGCCAGACUGCUAUAACACGACACGAUCGUACGUGAAUACAGUCGUUUUCAUGCCCGAAGAAAGAGCAGUCGGUGCGCUUUGGAGCAGCAUGUGGGUGCGAUGUGGUGUCGACGUGUCUGAAGCCAAGAUGCUUGAUCCAAGUAUUCUUGGUGGUGCGCUGAAGAAGCCUGGCGGAGGUUGA